CUUCUAGACAAUUGGGACCACCUGAAAGAUUACACGAUGUGAUCGGAGAGUGGACCCCUCAUAUAUGCAUGGGGCAGAUGUUUUUGGAGGAGGUCGGAGGUUUCCGGUGGUACCGGGCGGCGGCGAUGCCGAUUUGGUGUGGUGUCCGACGCGGGCGGCGCUAGUACUGGUAUUGAUCAUUGAUGAGGGGUUUGGGGUUGUUGGGGCAGGAAAAGACACUAUAUCAACAGGACAAUCUCUGCUUCAAAACCAGACCAUAAUCUCUAAAGAAGGGAAGUUUGAACUGGGAUUCUUUUCUCCAGGUAAUUCUACUAACUCCUACGUCGGUAUAUGGUACAAGAACGUACCUCUUCGAACAGUUGUUUGGGUGGCUACUAGGAAUAAUCCCAUGAUCCCAUCGAGUGAUAAUAGUAGUUCUUGGAGGAACCCGGAGGACCCUUCUUUCGGCGAUUUCUCGUUAGGGACGGAACGGAACGGAGGCAGUGAGCUUUUCAUAACGCGCAAUAACUCGAAACUGUGGAGGAGUGGGAUUUUGCAAGGAGGGAGUUUUGCUUCACUCUCUGGCCACUCGACUCUCGUGAAUUCUUACAAUUUUAGUUACGUCUCAAAUGAUGACUCCGUGUACGUGACGUAUAAUGUUUACAACGAAUCAGUGGUGUCUAGGCUUGUUCUAGGGAAUAGUGGCAUAAUGCAACGCUCUGUGUGGUCGGAGGCGAACAAUGUGUGGGUGAUAUACUUGUCGCAGCCUUCUGAUGCGUGCGAAACUUAUGCCAUGUGUGGGCCUAAUGCCAUAUGCAAUAUCAACUCAUCGCCAGUAUGUGGCUGUUUGGAUAGGUUUGAACCACGAGAUGUGCGAGAUUGGGAGCUAGACAAUUUCUCAAAAGGGUGUGUGAGAACGAGGCCCGUCCAGUGUUCGACUGAUCAGGGAAAAACAGGUUUUCGCAGGUAUAGCGGCAUUAGAUUGGCUGCAAACCCUGAAUCCCUGGAAAUCGUAAGAUCCGGUGUGUGCGAGCUUGUGUGCGCAUCCAAUUGCUUGUGCAAUGCUUAUGCCUACGGUAAUGGAGGAGGGUGUUUGUUAUUUAUAGGAGACAUGGUGGAUUUGGUGAAACUAGCAAACGGCUCCUCUGGCGGGGAUCUUUAUGUCAGAAUGGAUUCAACUGCGCUUGCUGCUGUAAUAGAAGGAAAGAGAAAUGUACUUCCUCUGAUUCUAGCUGUAGCUAUUCCUGCUGCAGUACUCGUAUCCUGUUUUUGCUUAUGUUACCUACGACGUCGAAAGCUCAAAACAAAAGGGUACGGAGGAGCGUAUCAAAAUCUAUUACUACUCGAUCUGAAUAACAGUCGGGGAGAUGAGAAAAAUAGCUACAACGAAUUGCCAAUCUUCAGUUUCUCUAGCAUAUCCGCUGCAACUAACGAUUUUUCCGUCACGGACAAGCUCGGAGAGGGUGGCUUUGGACCUGUUUACAAGGGUCAGUUACUUAACGGACAGUUUGUAGCGGUGAAAAGGCUUUCAAGAAAAUCUGGACAAGGGCUUGAAGAGUUCAGAAACGAGACAGAACUGAUUGCCAAACUCCAGCACAGAAAUCUUGUCGGAAUCUUAGGAUGCUGUGUCGAAGACGAUGAGAAGAUAUUAGUGUACGAAUACAUGCCCAACAAAAGCUUGGAUUUUUUUCUCUUCGAGCCGAGCAAGAAAGAGGUAUUGGAUUGGAAAAGACGUGUUCGUAUAAUUGAAGGCAUUGCUCAAGGGCUUCUAUAUCUGCACCAUUAUUCCCGAUUAAGAAUUGUUCACAGAGACCUAAAAGCUAGUAAUAUUCUCCUCGAUGCCGAAAUGAACCCCAAAAUCUCCGAUUUCGGAAUGGCGAGAAUCUUUGGAGGAAACGAAAUGCAAGCAAAUACUAAACGAAUUGUCGGUACUUAUGGUUAUAUGUCACCGGAAUAUGCAAUGGAAGGACUCUUUUCGGUAAAAUCUGAUGUUUUUGCCUUUGGAGUAUUGAUGCUCGAGAUUAUCAGCGGACAGAAAAAUACGGGUUUUUACGGUUCCGCUUAUCUUAGUCUUCUUGGAUAUGCUUGGAAUUUGUGGGAAAACGAACGUGGGCUUGAGCUCGUUGAUCAUGUAAUAGAAUUCCCCUUCUCAACUUGUGCUCCAAUGAGAUACAUUCAGAUUGGUUUGCUAUGUGUUCAAGAAAGUCCAGCAGACAGGCCUUUAAUGUCGGAUAUUGUAGCCAUGUUAAAUAACGAAGGAACGGAGUUAGCGCCACCUCAGCAUCCCGCUUUUACUGUCGGAAGAACUUUGGUUAAGGCAAGCUCUGGAGGAGAAGGCAAAGAUGGAAUCUGCUCUGCAAAUGGUCUCACACUUUCACAUAUGGAUGCUCUCAUGGGACGACUCAGACACCAUAGAAGAAGCUUAUCUUCUUCAAUUCUUGAAUUACUUAUUAUUACAUCUUCCUUUUUCAUCGGAUUUACCUCUUCCACCGACACAAUUAAUGUUAAUCGAACGCUUCGUGAUUCCGAAACCCUGAUUUCCAGUGGUGGAAAAUUCAAACUGGGGUUUUUCAGCCCAGAAAACAGCCGUUACCGUUAUGUUGGUGUAAUGUUCAAUCUCCCAGUAACGACCGUUAUCUGGGUAGCUAACAGAGAAACACCUCUGAACGAUUCUUCCGGAACAAUCCAGAUAUCAGUGGAUGGCAAUCUCGUUAUUUUAGAUGGAAGAAUGAGGGUAAUUUGGUCCUCCAAUUCUUCUUCAUCAUCAUCAUCAUCAUCCAGCAGUACUGCUGUUUUAUUAGAUACAGGCAAUCUUGUUCUACGAGAUUCCAACUCCAGCUCAAACUCGUAUUUAUGGGAGAGCUUCAAUCACGCAUCUGAUUCCUUCGUAGCGAAUCUCGAAAUCUUCACGGAUUCCAACACCAACGUGACGAACAAGCUGACGUCAUGGCGGAGUGCUUCCGAUCCAGGCCCUGGAAAUUUCACCCUCAGCGUAAAGCCUGUCGGAAUCCCAGAGUGCUUCGUCUGGAAAAACGGCGUCGUUCCGCAGUGGCGAAGCGGGCCGUGGAACGGCCAGGUAUUCGUCGGCAUACAAACCAUGAAUUCAGUCCACAAGCACGGAUUGGACAUCGUCAACAGCGUUUCCGGAACCGCGUAUCUAUCCUUUACGCUGUCAAACUCGUCUCUAUUGGUGUACUACGUGAUGAAUUCAACCGGCGCCGUACAGGCGAAGGAGUGGUCUCCCGAAAGAGGCGAUUGGGUUGUCAAGUGGUCAACCGCCGACACCGAGUGCGAUGCGUACGGAAAGUGCGGACCUUUCGGGAGAUGUAAUAACCAAGACAGGCCAAUCUGCACGUGCUUUCCAGGGUUUGAGCCGAAACUACUCGAAGAAGAAUGGAAAAUGGGGAACUGGAGUAACGGGUGUGUUCGAAAAACGAGCCUACAAUGCGGGCCGGCAGGCAAUUCUACAGAUGGGUUCUCGAAAAUGGAUAGUGUAAAACUGCCGGAUCGUGGGAUAUGGUAUCCCACUUCGGAUGAUUGCAGAGGAUUGUGCUUGAUUAACUGCUCUUGUAUAGCUUACGCGUAUACAGCUGGCAUUGGGUGUAUGAUUUGGACCGAAGAUUUGAUCGAUGUGCAGAAGUUCUCCAAAGGUGUUACUGACCUGUACAUUCGAUUGGCAUAUUCGGAACUAGGUAAUAAGAAACACCAAAAGGCGAUUAUUGCAACGAUAGUGGUUUUAGGAUUAAUAGCCGUAGCUGUAUGUUCGUAUUUUCUGUGGAAGUUGUUGCUCAAGUACAGAGGCGAAGGGUAUUCACGAGAAAGCGUGCUCAACCACAAUCUUGAAGAAUUGGCGGUAUUUAAAUUUCAGCUGCUCUUAAAUGCGACAGCCCAAUUCGACUCGAAUAAUAUGCUUGGAGAGGGUGGUUUUGGUCCCGUCUACAAAGGGAAAUUACCAAAUGGACAAGAAAUUGCAGUAAAAAGACUAGCAAGAUCGUCGAACCAAGGAUUAGAGGAGUUGAUGAAUGAGGUUGAGGUGAUUUCGAAGCUACAGCAUCGUAAUCUCGUAAAACUAAUUGGUUGUUGUGUCGAGUGUGAAGAGAAAAUGCUCGUUUACGAAUAUCUGCCCAACGGAAGCUUGGAUGCUUAUCUAUUUGAUUCGCGUAACAAAGGGUUUCUUGAUUGGAAAACACGAGCGAUGAUUAUUGAAGGGAUUUGUCGAGGGCUUCUUUACCUUCAUCGUGAUUCAAGAUUGACGAUCAUUCAUAGAGAUUUGAAGGCUAGUAAUAUAUUGUUGGAUGAUGAAUUGAACCCGAAAAUUUCCGAUUUCGGAAUGGCUAGGAUUUUUCGUCUGAAAGAAAACCAAGCCAAUACAAGAAGGGUUGUCGGUACAUACGGCUACAUGUCGCCGGAAUAUGCUUUACACGGAAUAUUCUCGGAAAAGUCAGACGUAUACAGCUUCGGGGUACUGCUACUAGAGAUUUUGAGUGGAAAGAGGAACACCAGCUUUUACCAUGAAGAGCAACACCUAAUCGAAUAUGUGUGGAAAUUGUGGAAUGAGGAGAAAAUGGUAAAUUUAAUUGAUCCAACAAUAAAUGGCUCCGGAAUAUUGGAAAGUGAAAUAGUGAGAUAUGCAAAUGUAGGUUUAUUGUGCGUGCAAGAUGUAGCUGCUGACCGGCCGAAUAUUUCGACAGUUUUAUCGAUGCUUGGCUCCGAGAUUCUAGAGCUGCCUUGUCCUAAGCAACCUGCUUUUUUCGGGACCCAGAGAUCUUCGGAAACGGAAUAUUCUCGUGGGAAUCUAAGUAAGUGCUCUCGGAACGAAAUGUCGGUGACUGUUGUUGAAGGCCGGUAGAACUAAAAAAGUUGCUCGAUUCAUUGCAUACAUUAUUUUCAUACUAGGAAAUUCAUUGAGUUUGUUUCGAUGAUAAUUCGUACUACAAUGAAUUUUGAGUUUGUACUCUCGAUCGAUAUAAAUUUUUUUUUGUAAUUAUGAUGAAUUUCAUAUU